AAUGAUAAACUGCUGUGGGAAGUCAGCCUGUAACCGUGUGGCUGUACCACAGUACUGGGAACUGUUCCGUGUGAGCUUAUUGAAAACCAUUAUAUGGUUGAAUUCUUGUUUCGGUUCUCCUGUGUCUGCAUGGAUCUGUUUUUGAGUUAGUUCGCUCGGGACCGUCAGUUGGUCGGUGUUGGUGUUGACACCGUGACGGUGUAAAAAUAUAACGGCAGUGAUUCGGUUGCUUCGGUGUAUUUUUUUACGUUUAAUGCGCGACAAUACGAGAAACUCCCACCUCUGGUGCGUGAGUAGGUGAUUUCCAGUCGCCUUAAGUCUACAGGACUCAUCAUAAUUGAUACGUCAUCAAGUGUAGAGCUUUGUUUAGUACUUUUAUGUUAAUGAAUGAAUGAAUCUGAGUGUUCAAGACUGUUGAACGGAAAGUAAAAGAGUACUUCUACUUGGUCGCUUUACUUUCAACAUGUUGUCAUCUACAAGACAACGAACAAGUGGACUGUCUGUUGGACUCAUCGUUGAAGCUGUAAAAUGCACUUAAAGGCAUAAUUCAGGGCGUUCCCUUACUUUCAGUAAAGAUGAUGAAGGAAACAAAGUGCAGUGACUUGGCAGGAUGCAGCUCUUACCCUAGUGAUUGACUCUGGGAUGAAAGUGGUUGGACUAAUCAACAUAAGUUCACUGAGUUAAGUUGUGUGUGAUUCCAUGUCCCCCAUGCCUUUGUUGGCAUCUAAUGGAAGAAAAAGCACCCAUCAGGUCUGCUAUGGUAUCCAGAUUGCCUAAGUUUGGUGGACGUUCCUCGACUGGUGGCUCAAGCCCCUUACCAAAUGGUUCUACACAACCUACCACUCCUGCACAGGAUGGUAAGACCACCCCGCCGGGUACACGCCCAAAUGGCGUGAUCCGUGCAUCUCUGUUUUCCAUGAAAUGGAAGAAAGAUGAGGGGACAACGCCCUCCAGCCCCUCUACCCCGAUCAACCUGGUGGACGGGGUAGAGGAUAAGGCUCCGAAACAGCUUCCCUCUGUGACAAAGGAGGGAAGAAGUAGCACUCCAGGAACACCCAAGAUACCAAGGUCAAGUUCUUUGGCUGUAGCUGUCUCCAGUCCUACCACCAUUCCAAAGCAACCCUUGAAGAUGAGCUCCAAAGCAGGGACCAAGCUCAGCCAAAGCCCAUUGAAUGGAGGUCAUAAAAUGGGACUCAAUGGCUCCGGCAUUCCUGCAAGAACAGGGUCAGAAUCCCGCCUUUUGUGUCCAAGUUUGGGCUCAAAUUCUCCCAGAAGCAGCUCUCAGGACAGCCUGUCCCAGUCUACUGACAGCCUGAAGACCCUGGCGCUGGACAACAUGGUUCGCUCAAACAGCUUCACUCACUUCAAACAGAUCCCCUCACCCACAAGCCAACCUAUGAAACGGUCCUUCUCCUUCAACAGGGCAGUGGAGUUAGCCAAGCCUCUUGCUAACACUCAGCUGCGACCUCGGCGGAGUAGUUUCCUCAAACCCCCUCAGCUGAGCAAUGGAAGAGUGGGUGUAGGAAUCGGAGGCAUGAAUGGCAACCUCGGAGGCCCAGGAGGUGGAGGACUUGGAGGAUUUCAGUAUAGUAGAACCCCUCCAUCUGCCUCCUCUCUGCCCACCCUCUCGAUCCCUCCAGCACCCAGUACUCCCAGGUCUCUGAGGAAGCCUCUGCUCCCCAGUUGUGUUCUAACCAAGCCACUGAGCAGCAGUGGGGGGUCUUUGGGCUUCAGGCUGGCUCGCUCUGGGCCGGUCAAGCAGCAGAAGCCUCUUUUUCCAUGUAAAGUCAGGGGUGAUAUCAAUCCUCCAGCAGCCCCUGAAUGUGGAGGGCUUGUAGAGAGAGGAGCAGACGAUAAGCUGACUGGGGAGGUCGACACAGUAAAUCCACAGACUGACGGUGAUGGAUGCUCUGGAGAUGGAGUGGGAAAAGGAGGAGAGAAUGGGGUGCUUAUGCAGAGCUCUGGCCAGGAAGCAGGUGAGGCUCUGGAGGACAUGUCUUUAUCUUCUGCUUCAUCUCUUGAAAGAGUCGACAUCAGUGAAGAGUUUCUAGAUGACUUCGACAGUGUGGGAGACGUAUUCAGUGACGGGGACCUGCCUGACAAUAGGAAAAUUGGCAAGACGACUCAAACCAACAUACACAGCUUCCUCAAUGAAACCCUUGCCUGGGACUCAAUGGAUCUUGAAGGACACAAAGAUGAAAGCCCCAUGCAGGACUCCCAGGGACCACUGGGGUUGUCUUCAGAGCGUGCUGAUGGCCUUCAGGCUUCUUCUUUGGAGCUGUCACCCUCUAACAGCUCUGGUGGAACCUACAUGUGGGAUGAGGAUGGUUUGGAACCCCUUGGAGGGCCGAGGACACUUCCAUGCGACAGCUAUGAUGACUCAGAGCUCAACAGCAUGGAUAUCCUGAACAACCUGGACCCCCAAGGGAACGGAGAAUUGGAAGACGAUGACCUCAUGCUGGAUGUAGACCUCCCUGAGGAUGGACUGCUUGACCUUGACAGGAUGUCCCACAUUGAGCGCUCAGAGAGGGCCGGUCGGCAGGGACAGCGUCGUAAACACCACCGAUGGAGUGGACCAGAACACUUCCACAAUGACAGCAGGGCCAAUGUCUUUCAGCACUAUGAUGGUCACAAGGCAUCAAGAAUCUCUUCACAGUCAGUUCCCUCUGAAGACAGGCAGCAGAGCUACGUGUCGGCACUGGAUGAAAUCACUCUCAGACAUAUGAGUCAGGACUGCAGCUCCCUGAAGAACCAGCUGCUCAGGCUCAAAACAUUACUGCAGCUGGAGGAUACUGACUCUCCAGCUGAAGUUCCUGAGGACAUUGAAGACAAUACCACUGCAACACAAUUGGGGGAGCUGAUUAAGGAAGUACAGGUGCUCAGAGAGGAGCUGAGGAGUCGAGACAAGACCAUCGCUCAGCUCACACUGCAGUGCCAACAACUACAACAACAGCAUCAGCAGGAACAAAUGCCUGCUCAAGGUCGACAGUUCAGGUGUCAGUGCCACCACCAGAGGGCUCCCUCUUCGCUGCGGCAGAGUGACAGACAGAUGGACAAACGUAUGCAGAAUCACUAUGACAAGGCCACCCAGACGUACUGGAGACCAGCAAGCCAUGCUCCUCAAAUACUACAGCCCUCCAGCCCCUGCCUCAGCGAGCACCUCCACCAGGGAAAACUAGUAAAACCUCCCCACACAGAGGGCCGCAGUGACUUCACACAGAGCAGAUCAGAAGAAGCAACACAGAUAGACGCUGACCGUCCUCUUGAAGAACUUAUGGUGGACAUGUCCGGGCCAGCAGACCCAGACGAGUUGAGUCAUCCGCUCAGCACCCACCAGCACUGCCUAGACUCUGAGGCACCACAGGGGGUAACCAACAGAGACAGUCCAGUAACAGCAGCCCAGUCUGCAGCACAGCAUGAGCAAAGAGCUCCCACUGUGAAACUGCAGAACUCUAUCACUCCCAAACCUGCUGCUAGUUCGACGUGCCCUCGCAUGCUGCAGCCUCCUCGCCUUCACAAGCGCAUGUCUCUCCCUGCGCUCAAGCCAGGGGGCGCUGGCAGCUCGGGAUGUGUCUUGGGCCCGCUGGCUAGACACGGCAAACAGCUGCCCCCUCCGACUAGAGGCCUUCCUUGCUUCAACAACGGACUCCAGGCGCACGCUCCAAGUCUUUGUCGCACAUCACUGCUUCAGCCUCGCAGAGCAUCUGAGCCUUGCAGGAAUCAACAGAGUACCAACUCCAGCCAGGAGGAGCCUGACCAGGGGGAGCUUAAAAACCCCGGGUCAGCUAAAACCCUGAUCCCUCUGAGUCGCUCAUGCCUCCCCAAGCCAAAGAUCCCUUGAGGACAAGAUAAGAUAAGAUAAGAUAUUACUUUAUUGGGGAGGAGCUUCAAUCAACACUUAAAAUCUUAAAACUGGAAUUACUCUGACAUGCAAACUCAUCCGUUUGCCUCCCUAGCCACAACACAGGAUGAUUGUUUUUCUUAUUGAGUGUCUUAGGGACACAACAUAGAGCUCAUUUACACACACACGGACAAUUCAGGGACUGCUAGUGUUAUUGAAACUGCUGUCAACCACUCAAGCCUGACUGACUGAGAGAAAUAAAGCAUGUAGCAGAAUCUUUGCUUCACAAUAGUCCA